UCGACGGGAGUAACUUGCAGCAACUUUUUCGCACCCAAUUUUUCCCUCUUCAAAUAAACUUUCCCUCGCACAAAAUCAAAAGAACGAACUCUAGAAAGCCAGGAUUUGCCGCAGUGUUCCAAUCCACCGCAAAAUUCACAACUCAGUUGCGAGAUAAAAUGUAUGGCUAUGACAUGGCCGAUUCAAACGAAGAGAGCAUGAUUCUAGAAAAGAUGAAGAGAGGAAGACACUCUGAAAAUGAAAAUGAAGAAAAUGAAGAAGGUGAAGACAGGUUGAGUGAUUUACCUGACUGCAUUAUCCUUCACAUUUUGUCAUUUUUGAAUACCAAACACGCCGUUCGAACUUGCGUUUUGUCCACAAAAUGGAAACAUCUCUGGAAACGUAUUCCAACCCUUAAAUUACAAUCCUUAAUAUUUUCCCCUAGGAAACAUUUUUCCUUAUUUGUGUCUAAGAUUUUGACUCUUCGUGAUAGCUCAACUGCACUCCACGCUCUCGAUCUUGAUCUUUACUGUCAUGGUGGUAUUGAACCUCAACUCCUUAAAAAGAUUUUAAAUUAUGUUUGCUCCCAUAAUAACCACCUUCAGGAAUUAGGAAUCCGUGUUAGUGGUGAUAGUAAUCUCAUUAUGAACUGUGUUUCUUCAUGUCGGGCUCUUACAUCUCUUAAGCUUUCAAUUCGCUCUGGAGGUAGUUUUAAUUUUGAAAAUUUAUUAUUCCCAAAAUCCCUGAAUUUGCCGGCAUUGACCAAUUUGGAUUUAACAAGGUUCACCUUUUGUGGUGGUGAAAACAGUCUUGUUGAGCCCUUUUCAGCCUUUAUCAAGUUGAGAAGUUUGGUCAUUAGUGGCUGUAACGUAAGGGAUGCACAAACCCUCCGCAUAUCAAGUGAGACACUUGUAAAUUUAACUAUGUUGGAUGAUUCAACUGGCGUUGACAAAAUGGAGCUAUGUGCUCCAAGUCUUUGUACCUUUACUUAUUCCGGUAUGCCUACUGAGAAAAUAUGUGGGAGUGGUCUAUCUUCUGUUAAACAAGUAUAUAUUGAUGCACGAAUAUAUACAACUUGCGAGAAGCCUCCUAUGACUCUAUUAAGCUGGCUGCUAGACCUUGCCAAUGUAAAAUCAUUGACAGUCACUUCAACUACUCUUCAGACUCUCUCCUUAGUUCCGGAUUUAUUAGAGGUUAAGCUCCUUUCUUUAUGUAACUUGAAGUCAAUGGAAAUAAAACUGAAACUACCUGAAGUUCAACCGGGAUUUCUCUACAUACUGAAAGAAGCCAUGUUAGAGAAAGCUGCUGCCAAGUCACGUAAAGAAGCUGCCAAGUUACGAAGAGAAUUUAAAGCAGGUUUGCAACCACAUCCUGUACCUGAUGGAAUGGUGGACUUCUUGCUGCAAAACUCACCGUCUGCAAAAGUUGACAUCACAACAGUUUAUAACAUGAGUGUUUGUUGAAGAGUCGAUUAAAAGUAAGAAGCAAAGUUAAUUUCAAACGGUAAAGAAGCCAAUGUAGUUGUUCCGCAGCAUGUGUUUUUUAUUUUUGCAAGCCAUUCUGAUCCCAUUUUAACAUAAAGUGUAAUCUAAGCACUCUUGUUUUAGUUAAUUGUGUUUCCUUUGAUUUUGUUGAGUGAUACUUUUGAAAUAUGGCUACUGCCCUAGAGUCUAUUUGGAAAACAUAUUAGAUUGAGGUUGAUAAUUGCCCUUUCAAACAUGCAUGGUAGUCAGUAGUUUAUUCUAAAUAUCAGAGGUAGAUGAGCUUCUGUGCAAAUACCCAGACGCUUGUAUUUAGUUAUUAGGUUGUUUGUUAUAAGGUAAACUGGACCGUAAUGAAAAGUUGAAGCACUACUUUAGGUUCAUUAUUUUCAA